UAGAACGAACAGGUGAGUAGCGCUUAGAGGGAAGCUGAAAGAGGAGAAGACUUUCGCACAGGAUUUAUUUUUUUCUUCAAAGCAAACCUUUCAGCAGGCAAAGCUUUAUUCAAGGUGAUCAUAAGUUAAGAGGGAGUUUUCUGAGUGUUUUGGUGACUUUACUGCACUGGAUUCAGGAUCGGUGGAUACCAUGGACUCUCUUUAACGGCUAAAAGGCACAAGCACUCACCUCGGAGCUGAGAAUGGGCUCGGGAAGCUGGUUACUUUGUUUGUUCACCUUUGGAAUUCUUGUGGCAUCGUGUCCUAGUGUUGGACAAUGUGGGAGUGGGAUUACAAUCAACGUUAUACUGUUGGAUGAUGAGGACUCUCCCUGGAGCCUCCAGUAUGUGGAAGGACAAAUACUGAAGGCCAUAGAGAAAGAUUCAGCCAUUAAUGCUGCCCAGGAUCCAGCUGUGACUUUUAACCUAACUGCGAAUUUCAGUGGGUUUGACACAAACUUAUACUGGCACCGAGGCUGCCGGAGCAGUUCAUGUGAAGCAGUUGCAGAGCUAAACAACCUGACGGAAUCAGGAAAUCUGGGAUGUGCUGUGCUUGGACCCACGUGCACCUAUGUUACUUUCCCAAUAGUGGAUAAGGAAGCUGGCAUGAGUCUCAGUAGACCCAUUUUGUCAGCGGGAAGCUUUGGUCGCUCGUGCGACUACACCUUUAACUUGCAGCGACUCCUGCCACCUGCACGCAAGAUCGCUGACUUUGUCGACCACUUCUGGAAAGAAAACAAUGAGCUUAAACCUUCAUGGAAGACAGCGUAUAUUUAUAAAAAAACGAACCCCACAGAGGAAUGCGUUUGGUAUGUAAGUGCAAUUGAAGCGACGGUGGAACCGCUUGCCUUAAAUGUUUCAAUAAUACCUCUACGCAGUCCCGCAGAACUGCACAGCGUGCUUACAUUACCCAACAGGACAUGCAACUUGUUCAUUAUGUGUGGAUCACCAAUGGACCUAGUGGAAAUUAAAAAUGGCUCUAAGGCUGCGGACAGCAGUGAUAUCGUCUUCAUCCUCAUUGAUCUUUAUAGUGAUGUAUACUACACCAACGCAUCGUCGCUGCCAGAAAUGAAGAACGUGUUGGUGCUUACCAUGCCGAACACCCGAAGCUACAGAAUCAACCCAAACCUUCAAGACAACAACACGAUGAACGACUACAUGGCCGCGUACCAUGACGCAGUGCUCUUUAUUGGCCAAGUGAUGAGAACAAUUUCUAAACAAAAUCAGUCUCAGCUUCACAGGACGGAAUAUGUGAAUGUAAAUUACUUCAGAAACACCAAAUUUACUGGGAUUGCUGGGGAGUAUGCGCUGGACGAGUACGGGGACAGAGACGUGGCUUUCUCAAUCAUCUACACCACUAGUGACAACAAGUACGAUAUUUUAUUCACAUUUGACACGGCGCGCUAUAAAACCACAGUGGUGGAGGAGGCUCCUAAAUUCAUCUGGGGGAAAAGACUUCCCAAUACCACGCCAGACAGCGGCCCUGCAAUUCACACCAUCAUCGUGAUUGUGUUGGGUGUCACUGUGGUCGUAGUGGCCACGAUCGCCUUUAUUUUCUACAGACAGAACAGAAGAGAUCGACUGCUCAGGAAGCGCUGGUCCCACGUUAACUCUGAUCUCAUCACGCUGAUGGAAAAUGAUGACAUCAACGUCAUCUCCCUUAAUAUUGAAAGUAAGAAGAAAAAGAAGAUCAAGAUCCGCUGUGCUCUCUACGAUAAGAAGAUUGUGAUCUUGAAGGAGCUGAAGAACUCAGAUGGGAACUUUGAUGAAACCCAGAAAAGGGAGCUCAAUGCGCUACUGCAUAUCGACUACUACAACCUCACAAAGUUUUACGGCACAGUCAAGUUAGAUCAUGGUGUCUUUGGCGUGUUUGAGUAUGGCGAGCGAGGCUCGCUCAAGUAUGUGCUGAAUGACAAGAUUUCAUACCCAGAGGAGACCUUCAUGGACUGGGAGUUCAAGAUCUCUGUCAUGUACGACAUCGCCAAGGGCAUGUCUUACCUCCAUGCCAGUGACAUUCAGGUUCACGGUCGCCUCAAAUCCACCAACUGUGUGGUGGACAACCGCAUGGUGGUGAAGAUCACAGACUUUGGCUGCAAUGCUUUUCUUAGCCCCUUCCAAGACUUGUGGACAGCUCCGGAGCAUCUGAGGAACCAGGGCAUGUCUCAGAAAGGAGACAUCUACAGUUUUGCCAUCAUUGCGCAAGAGAUUGUUCUCAGGAAGAACACCUUCUACACUGAAUCCUGCUCCGACCGAUCAGAAAAACUGUCCAGGCUCAUGACAUCCUACUUCAGACCUGAUCUUAACUUUGAGACGGCUUCAGAGAAAGAAUUAGAGGUGUACACGUUGAUAAAAAGCUGCUGGGAUGAGGAUCCAGAAAAAAGACCUGACUUUAAGAAAGUGGAAAUUUAUCUGGGGAAAAUCAUCAGUAAAAUCCAUAAUCAGGAAAAUGAGAGCUACUUGGAUAACAUGAUCAGACGGCUGCAGAUGUAUUCCAGAAACCUGGAGUACUUGGUGGAGGAGAGAACGGCCCUCUACAAAGCUGAGAGGGAUCGAGCUGACAAUCUUAACUUUAUGCUGCUGCCUUGCCCGGUGGUUAAAAGCCUGAAGGAGACCGGGGCUGUGGAGCCAGAGCUGUACGAUGAAGUUACAAUAUAUUUCAGUGACAUAGUUGGCUUCACCACUCUGUGCCAGUACAGCACACCGAUGGAAGUUGUGGACAUGCUUAACGACAUCUACAAGGGGUUUGACAGCAUCGUCGACCACCACGAUGUGUACAAGGUGGAGACAAUAGGGGAUGCCUACAUGGUUGCUUCUGGUCUUCCAAAGAGAAACGGGAACAGGCAUGCAGUGGAUAUUUGCCGCAUGGCCCUGGACAUCUUGGCAUUCAUGGGCACCUUCCAGCUCCGACAUCUUCCUGGUAUUGCUGUGUGGAUACGAAUCGGUGUACACUCAGGUCCCUGUGCGGCGGGCGUCGUGGGAAUAAAAAUGCCCAGAUAUUGUUUAUUCGGAGACACGGUCAACACAGCAUCUCGUAUGGAAUCUACAGGACACCCCCUGCGGAUCCAUGUCAGUCAGCCUACCAUAGAUAUCCUGGAGAGAACAAACUGCAAGUUUGAGUAUGAGAUGAGAGGGGAAACAAACCUGAAGGGUAAAGGCACAGAAACAACUUACUGGUUGACAGGUGAAACUGGUGAAGACUACGAUCUUCCUACUCCACCCACAACUGAAAACGUCCAGCGGCUCCAGCAGGACCUCGCCCACAUGAUCUUGACGUGUUUGGAGCGUCGCUCGCGAGGUUCCGUGCGAAGGAAGAAGCUGCUACCAAGUCAGAGCAAGGAGGACACCAGCGACCAGGGGUCAGAGGUGGAGUCUGAGAGCAGCCUUCCCGAGUACCUGCAUCUAGCCACUGUGGAUAACACACUCAGUACCUUCCUGUAGAGCAUGCUGUAACUAUCUGCCUGUUAUUGCAUAUAGAGCAGGAAAUCAAGCAUAGAAAAAUGAGGAAUUAAGAGUCCUGCGUCUAAAGACCUCAAAUAUUCCCGCAUUAUUUCCUGCCAUCAUUUUGGGUGGUUGGAAAGGGUGGGUGGAAACUUUGUACUUGUUAUUUUUUACCCAGUACCCAUCCAAGUGUAUUAGCUGAAAGCCAAAACCUUAGAUUUGUCCAGUGCAGAUUUUUUUCUAUAACCAGUUGUGAAGUUUUAAUGGUGGGGAGUUUUGUCAUCCCCUGUCAAAAGAAAAACGGUCAAAAAGUGCAUUUUAGGCCAACUUUGAAGAACAGGUACUCAGCUAAAAGAAGAUUUAGCAUAUUUAAGGAUUCAUUUUUAUCCAAAUUUUGAUUCCAGGCUCAACUUCUAGCUCUUUUUCUUUUUAUGCCAAAAUUAUUUUUUGCUACAUCUGUAUUUUUAUACCUGUGAAUGUGUAAGAAAUGGAUCUACAUAGAUUUACAUCUAUAAAAUAGUGUGGAAACCCAAACUGAAGUUAUGAGGGGUCAAAGACACUUGGAAAAAUAAAGAAUAAAUAAAUACAUAAAAGCAAAAAAUUUCAGCAGCAGUUAUAUUGCAAAAAACAAACAAACCCAAACACAGCUGAUGCUCAUGUGGUCAGGUGGCAGCGUUUUUGGAUUUGAUUCACUUACUAUGGAAUGAGCCAGCCGCAGCACCCUCGCAUGCCGGUGCAGAUGCUGCUAAUGGCCUGUUCAACUAACAAAACACAGGAACACGAUAAGAACAGAAGAGGCCGUUUUGCGCAGACAGAAAUGCAGGAUCGCCCUUUUUGUGCAUUGUACAGUUUGGAAAAAGUUUUAGAACUACAGUAAUACAGUUACUGUAUUUGUAAUAUAUCCUCUUGUUUUUGUCAUUAAUGUUCAUUGAUUGUUUCUGCUGCUUAGCUUAAAACUGGGUUAUUCUAUUUAUGUACAGCGCUUAAUGUGUAUUUGUUUCCACAUUUGUCAGCCAGUAAGUAAAUUAUAUGUCCCAUAAAAAUCUAUAGACAAUGCUUAUAAAAGUCACAACUCAGCAUCAUCUGCAUUUAUUACUUUAACCAAAUGACUGCCAGUUUUUGACUCUAUGCAUCUCAUGUCAUGCAGAGGAGGCUGUAUU